AUGGAGCAACAGGCUCUCGAAUUCCUCAACCGUGUCAAAGAUUCUCCAGAAGGAUGGACAAUCUGCCUUUCCUUAUUCACCAGGCUUCCCAGGCCCGACGAUGCCGUCCGCCUCUUCGCUCUCGAAGUUGUCAAUAUCGCCGUUAAAACCCGUGCGCCGGAACUUGGUCUGCAAAACCUUAUGUUCCUCAAGGACAACCUUAUGAACUACUUACGGCGAAACUACCAACCCAGCGCCGACUCGCAACCGGACAAUCCUGCCCUUCAAGGGAAACUGAUACAAACUAUUACAAUCCUUUUUACGGUUCUAUACACCACUUCUUGGACAACAUUCUUUGACGAACUAUUGGCUUUAACGAUGACGGUCCCCAGAGAAAACGGCGGUAACGGGCAGAUGGACAAUCUCCCCGGAAUUGUGAUCUAUCUCAGAGUUAUGACCGACAUUCACGACGAAAUUGCCGAAACGACAUUCUACAGAACAACAGAACAAGCGAAGAAGAAUACAGUUAUCAAAGACUACAUCAGAGACCACGAUAUGCAGAAGCUCGUCACAACCUGGCAGGAGAUAUUGACUCAAUGGAGAAAUGUGAAUGCUGAAGUGGUCGAAAGGGUACUCCAUGUAUUCGCCAAGUGGGUCAGUUGGAUUGAUAUCUCACUCGUGGUCAACAAUCACUUCUUAGGGCAUCUAUCAGAUUUGUUACAGGGAAGCGGCAGUGGGCCAGAGGUUACGAAGAGGAGAAAGGCAGCUACAGUGACAUUAGGAGAAAUCGCGGGCAAGGGAAUGAAGCCGGACGAGAAGCUUGAGCUUAUUGGAUUUCUUAGGUUGACAGAUGUUGUCAAGACGCUUAUUUCGUUACCGGAGAUGAGGAGCGAUGCCGACGCCGAUGAGGAUAUAGAUUUCGCUGAAGCUGUUGGCGCCUUAGUCAAUAAAAUUGUCCAGGAUUUGGUUCUCAUGUUGAAUGGCGACACUGGACUCAGUCCGGAUGGUCGACAAACGGCUGAAAACUUUCUUUCGCAAUGGGUCCCGUUUCUCCUUGUUAUCUUCCGACACGAAUAUGACGACGUCUCCAUACUUGUCCACCCUGCCCUUUCGGAUUUGCUAUCAUAUCUACGAAAAGAGAAGAAGACUACCAAUACGCUACUCCCCAUGCACCACGUUAUGCUAGAACCGAUCUUAGAAGCUGUCGUUCGGAAGAUGAAGUUUGACGAUGAUCUUGACUGGGAAGAAACAGAUCCUCACAUGGAAGCUGAAUUUCAAGAAUUGAGAAAAAAAAUCAAGAGCUUGCAGGAUGCGCUUGCGUCGACGGAUAUUGAUCUUUACUGCUCGGCGAUCUCGGUACUAGUGGUGAAUACGUUGGAAAGGUGCAGACAAGGGUCGAUAAACUGGAGAGAUUUGGAGCUUGCGCUUUAUCAGAUGUUUUUGUUUGGUGAGGUUGCGGUCAAGGCUAAUGGGCUCUAUCUUGAGGGCCGGCCUAACGGGGUUGCAGCAGAGGCGUUGGUUGUUAUGAUGGCGAAGAUGAUGGAAUUAGGACCGAGCAUAUACACUCAUCCUUCCACUAGAUUAUUAUACAUCGAGAACGUUGUGAGAUACUCGCCUUUCUUCGAGCACAGGAAAGACUUUGUUCCUCCGGCAUUAGAGAUGUUUAUUCAGUGUACGCAUGACAGCAAUCUCAAAGUGAAGACGAGAGCAUGGUAUCUUUUCUUGAGAGUAAUCAAACUUUUACGGGUCGAUAUCAGCGGUGUGGCAUCGCAGGUCAUCAACAGCAUCCAGGAUUUAUUAGUAAUCAAGGCCAAUAUUGGCACCGAUCCCGGUGAUGAAGAUGAGAUCUCAUCGGACGAUGAAUCCCCUGCAGAUGCUGUCUUUAAUAGUCAGAUAUACUUGUUUGAGGCGAUUGGCUCGAUUUCUUCCUCAUCAAGUCUUUCAGUUGCAGACCAAAAGACUGUCCUACAUACGAUCCUUAGUCCGUUAUUUUCGGAUGUAGAAGCUAAUCUAGAAGCUGCAAAGCGAAAUGAUCAACUCGCUGUUGUUCAGAUCCAUCAUAACAUCAUGGCGAUGGGGCAAUUUGCGAAGGGGUUUGCAGACGGGCUUAAGAUACAGGGUCCUACGUCGGAGGAUAGAUCCUUGACUACUGAGUUUCAGGCAACGGCGGAAGGUAUUGUUAGUGCUCUGGAAAACCUUAAAACUUCGAAACAGGUUCGAGAGGCUGCUGGGUUUGCGUUCGCGCGAAUGGUCGGUGUAUUGGGGCUUUCUAUUUUGGGGCUACUGCCUAGGUGGAUUGAGGGAUUGUUGGCCGAGAAUCCCUCGAAAGGAGAGCUUUCGAUCUUUUUGAGGUUGCUCGAUCAAUUGAUUCAUGGGUUUAAGAAAGAUAUGUCUGAUUACCUUGACCGCCUACUUACACCUCUGUGUAGCAAAGUGUUCCAGAUUGCUACUCGACCUACAACCGGAACCGACGACCAACUUGAAACCGGGGAACUCAAGCGUGAAUACCUCACUUUCUUGUUGACAAUCUUGAACAGUGAUCUUUCGGAGAUUUUUAUGAGUUCUAUAAACCAACCGAAUUUCCAAGAUCUUUUAAAGACGGUAGAGCACUUCGCAAAAGAUAUAUCAGAUCCACAUGCAGAGCGUAUGGCCAUCUCCUUGAUGGCUCGCAUGUCGUCCGUUUGGGGUGGACCGGAAAUCCCAGAGACCAUACUUCCAGAAGAUAAGAAGAAGAACCCACAGCCAGCCCAGAAGAAUGUUCCACAGGAGCCAGUUCCUGGGUUUGACAGGUUCAUGAUCACCUUCUCUGAGAUCUGUUGGGAGGUUCCUGCAAACCCUGCCUUCGAUGCGAAGGAUGCCCAGGGGAGAUUGGUUCUUGGGGAAGUUGCUACGCUUCAGAAGGUGAUUUAUGGGAGGACAGGAACGAACUUCGUAACAUACCUCCAAGGAACAUUUUUCCCUUCGAUCAAUUUCCCAGAACACGCCGCUUUGGAGUAUUUAUCAGCAUUGCAGCAGCUGGACCAUAAGAAAUUCAAGAAGUUCUUCCAGAAUUUCGUGACACAAUCCGUCGGUGGUUGA